CAGGGAGAUUCGAUAUAGUGCACCGUUUUUUGAUAUGGAAUGUCUGUUUUGGUUUAUGAACAUCGAAUAAUUUUGCCUGUUUUAAUUGACUCUAUAAACAGCGGAAUUAACAUAAGCCCUUUGCUGAACCCUCAUCACAGUACCAGCCAAGAGCUUCCUUCGCCGAAUCUGAAACCCAGGCACCGGGAUUUGAUCGCUACACCUUGUGGUCCAAUUAAGCCCUGGUCAGAGCUGUCCUGCUUAGUGAAGUUAUAUUACUUCUUUGCAGUACUUUCACUCAUGACAGUUAUGGCAGUCACUGUCUGGAACAUUUACAACCAAAACAAAGAUAAGGCACAUGGAGAGGAUUUCACUGUAUCCUUGAUACAGCUCAUCAGUACAUUUUUUUGUUGCUAUUAUAUCACACGAGGAGUCCUGCAGGAGAACCACCAAGAACUUAUUGCCUUUGUUGUCAGUGUGCUUGUGGUCAUGAUUCGAUCCAUUGCAAAUUUUAUUGUUAGCCAGUACAAGGAAAACAACAGCCUUAUUCUGGUUCGAUUUGUUUGCAUCACAUGUGUUGGCAUUCUUCAUGUCAUCUGUAGCAUAAUUCUCAUCUGCACACCCAAUAUGAUGUCUUUUCGAGUUGGGGGUGCCCUGGAAAGUCUACAAGAUCAAUACUUCCUCCUUAAUCUCUCCUUUUCUUUGGUGACAUUUGACCUCCAGGCACAGAUCUGCCUUUGUAUUCUUGUGCUGUCAUCUGGAUUAUAUGACAUCUCAUAUUCUCACAGCAUACUUCUAGGUUUUGGGAUCUUCUGGGUAUCCCUUACAGCGGCAGUAGGAGUGAUAGCGGUUUUGAAAGAAAAGAAGGUUCUAGUAUGGAUUUUUUUACUGCAGAGCUUGCCUGAGUUGGCCUAUCUUAUUUAUUUAUUCUACUUGGUCAUUAAGGAAUGGGGAGCUGGUGAGUCAUAUGUAUUGGAGGCUGCAACCAUCAUUGGCGCAUUUACAUCUGUUUUUAUUAAGGCUGUUCUCUUCUGGACACUUCAAAGACUGUGCAGGUGCUUUGGACAAGGACUUCAAGAAAGGAUGUUUGCCACUGAGGAGCAAGACAAGAUUUGUUCGUGAUCCAGCACCAUUUUCGAUGUGAAUCCAAAAGCAAGAGUGAAGCUGAAUCACAUGGAGACGUUGCUUGUCAACCAUUUUAAGCAGCUAGUUGUUCAUUCCUUGCAUUGUUUCAAUUUAGGCAAAUAAACCCACUAGAAACAUUAUUCAAGAACUUUUACAUAAUAUUUUUCAGGCAGAGCUGAAUAUUUUUGUCAGUUUUAUCCAUGCAUCACAAUUGUAUAAUAAAUUACGGAUUUUUAUUUUGUACAAAUGAGCAUCUGAAAAAAUUUCAUUUAUUUUGUUAGCUUCUGCAUAUGGAUAACAGAUUUUAUUGAGGGAUCAAUUUUGAAAUUUUAACAAAGAAGAAAAGUGACAAUGAAAAAGAAAUUGCUAUAUUGAAAGUUUUCUGCUCUGCACUAUAUUGUAUGCUUUGCACUAAAGCACCUUGCUAAGUAAUUCAUGUAAUGUUGGGGAAAAAUGAAAAAAAAUACUACAUAUGUUAUAUACCAUAAGCUUGACUAAAGUGAAUACAGUGUCACUGAGGUGUAGGGUUUAUCUAUAUUAAUGUGCUCUGAGGUGAACUGGUUCUCUGGUCAGGGCAGGUCAGUGCAUUGCACCUGAUGCUUCCAUGGUGGACUUUGACCCAUUGUUGAACAUUUAUUGGAUUAAACAGUUUUGUAAAUAUUCUGGAUUUAUAUUCUGGAUUUUCUGCAUGAAAUUAGGAAUUUUUAUCCUAUUGGUCAUUUUUUCCUCUUGCGUCUCAAAGACAGGUUAAUUUUUCACUGUAAAAUGACCUCUUAUAAGUGAGUAAUAGUGUGUGUGAUGGAUUUGCACUCCACCCAUUGCUGGUUCAUGCUUUGCUCCAGAUGUGGAAGAAUUUUGGCACCCUGUGACCCAGAACUGGAUUAACCAGAUAUGAUAAUGGAUGGAUUAUUGUUUGCACCAAGGUCUGAAUGAUGUAUAUUUGUGCUUUCCUAGAAGCUCUUUUGCAAGAAACUAAGGACAGACUCGCACAUUUUCAUCAUGCUGUUUAUGUUCACUAUAUUCAUUUGCCUUCCUAUUUCUUUCUUUAAACAUUUUUAUAUUGUUUUAGGAAAUAAAAAACAUUAUUUUUCAGAGCUUGUUCAGAAGCUUUCAUAGAGUUUUAAAUUAUAUUGUAACUAUAAUAACUCUAAAUAUAUCAACCUUUUCAUGA